UGCUUACAGGUCAUGCACCAGUGAAGCCAGUCCUCUUCGACCUUCAGAGUGAUUGCAUAGAAGCUAGGUCUUGGAAGAUGAAAAAGACAACAGUCUUCGUUUUUGGGAUAUUCCUCGCCGUAUUGUUCCACCUCAGCACUGCGGUUGACAGCGAUGUCGCUGCGUCCAGAGUGAAGCGGGGUUUACCACGAUGGAUAAACCGUGCAAUCCAAGCUGUGCCAGCGUAUUGUGCCGCCACUGCUGGGGCAGCUGCGGGCCGGAUGUUAAGGGCUUACUAUGACAUGAGGCGGGCAAACUGGCAAAACUGCGACAAAUAUUUCCACUGCAGAGGCAAUUAUGAGGCUGGACGUUUAGGUUAUUGUGGCAAACUUACGGCAAAGGCUAUCAGUGAGGCCAGGGAAUGGGCUCAGAGUGGUGGAUCUCACGGCUCAGACAGUGCCGAGGAUAGGGUGGCAAACGACUACGGCAGAGCAGGGGGAAACUGCGUUCAGAGAUAUAUUCUUGGUACUAGAAAUACGCGUCAGGAGUGCAGUCUUCCACGACGUUUGUGGUAAAAAAAAUCCGCAGACCGUACAAAU